GCGAGAGAGAGAGAGAGAGAGAGAGAGAGAGAGAGAGAGAGAGAGUAUUGCUCCACCAAGAUGGGUAUUUCCAGGGAUUCUAUGCACAAAAGGCGUGCCACUGGUGGCAAGAAGAAGGCCUGGAGGAAAAAGAGAAAGUAUGAGCUUGGUCGCCAGCCAGCUAACACUAAGCUAUCAAGCAACAAGACAGUCAGAAGGAUUCGUGUCAGAGGUGGCAAUGUGAAAUGGAGGGCAUUGAGAUUGGAUACUGGAAAUUACUCAUGGGGAAGUGAAGCUGUAACUCGCAAGACUCGUUUGCUGGAUGUGGUUUACAAUGCCUCCAACAAUGAGCUUGUGCGAACUCAGACCCUCGUCAGAAGUGCUAUUGUUCAGGUUGAUGCUGCACCAUUCAAGCAGUGGUACCUUCAGCACUAUGGUGUUGAUGUUGGUAGGAAAAAGAAAACAGCUGCCAAGAAGGACUCUACAGAGGAGGGUGAUGCUGCUGCUGAAGAAACCAAAAAGAGUAACCAUGUGCAGAGAAAACUGGAGAAGCGCCAGAAAGAUCGAAACCUUGAUCCCCACAUUGAAGAGCAGUUUGGUGGUGGGCGAUUGCUGGCCUGUAUUUCUUCUAGACCUGGUCAAUGUGGAAGAGCUGAUGGCUACAUUCUGGAAGGUAAGGAGCUGGAAUUUUACAUGAAGAAAAUCCAGAGGAAGAAGGGAAAGGGUGCUGCUUGAUUGUAGUAGUGUUUCCCAAAUUUUUAUGUGGCUUUAGUUUUUUGUUAUUGGGAGCUGGUACCAUUCAAGGUAAUGUUUUUGUGCUUCAGUUGAUACCUGUUGGUCGACAACCUUUAGGAUGAUGCUAUAGGUCAUCGUUCAGUGUUUGAAAGUUCUUAUUAGUCUUUUGCCUAUUGUCAACUGGAUUUUGUUUUGAACUGUUUUUGUUACUGAUAAUUUACAAUUUUUCUCCAUCAAACUGUUUUGCAAUCGUUAUUGCUGGAUAAAUAACUUGGGGGAAGUUCAAUGGCUGAUUAAUAGGCAAGAGGUG